ACAGCAUCUGUGAUAGCCACACCAGUCCGUAACACUGGCAAACGUGGUUUGUCCUACAACCAGGCAAAUCUCACCAUGCCUUUUUCAAUCGAUGGCCAGAACAGCCAAGUCUCCUGGGCCUAUGAUUGGUUCUACGCUCCAUGCACCACCCCGGGCGUCAACGACUGCAACUUCAACCCGGCUCUUGAGUUCAUUCCUCUACUCUACAACAGCGAUCCCAACCUUUUGGCGCAGUGGCCAAGUGCCGCUCAGAUCGCUAUCGACAAUGGCUCCACAGCUCUUAUGUCCUUCAACGAGCCCGACUUUUGCAUCUCUGGUAGUGCCUGCAUGAACGUGUCAACAGCUGUACACUAUCAUCAACAGUAUCUGCAGCCUUUCGCUGGCAAAGCUUUGAUUGGCGCCCCUGCCAUCACGAACUCUGGUGGCACAGAUGCCAACCCUAUGGGCCUACAAUAUCUUCAGUACUUCCUUGGUAACUGCACAGGCUGCGAUAUCGACUUUAUCAAUUUGCAUUGGUACAGUAACAAGUACGCAGGUGCCUCUUACUUUGAAUACUACAUCAAUUCUGCACGUGCCGUUGCUGGAGGACGACCUAUAUGGAUCACUGAGUUUGGUUUGGACAAUACGUUCAGCUAUACCGAUGCUGAGCUGCAGUCAUUCUUACAAACAGUCAUGCCAUGGUUGGAUCAGCAGCCGGAUGUGGCUAGAUAUGCUUACUUUAUGGAUGCACCUGGAAUCUUGGUUGACACUGCUGGAGAUGCAAUCAGUGGGACUGGUAUAGUGUACAACAGUUUCACUAACAGUACGCUACAACCUAAUGCAUACACUCCAUGA